UUUUGGUUGAGACAACAAUGGUGCUUACUGUUAAACGAUAUGACUAAAACAAAGCUUGACUCACUGUUUGUUCGCAGACUGUUUGAUGUUAUCUAACUGCUACGGGUAAAAUUUUGUCCAUAACUAAAUGCACACCGUUGCUAUAGUGCGUGAUCGCUCGACCAAAAACCAGUUAACUUGGCUUUUAUUUUGAUCGUUCAUUCUUUUCCAGUUCGUUUUCGGUUCGCUUUGGAUUUCAUAGUGGUAGUAGUUGCAUCACCUGUACAUAUUAUGCUCAAGAUCAAUCCGCCAGAUCUCUUAUUAAUGCGUAAUGCUAAACUUACGUCCGUAUUGGUGUUUUGUUUACGUUCCGGUCACCGGGCAUCCCUUCUCCGCAAGAGCGUAAAACAUGAACCUUGAACAGAAAAACACAGCACCUUGUUUGAACGCUAAAUGUCCAGCAUUAAAACCGACAAGAACCGUGUGCCGCAGGUCAACGAUGCUUGGUGGUGGUUCAGAUAACAACGCAGUUUGCGUGAGUCAGUAGGGCAGCUCCCAAAACAGUACGAUGCCGCUUGUCCAUAGCCAAAAUGCUCACGAAUACAAGUGCUAAAAAGUGAGCUGGUCGAACCGUCGGAACACGUUAAUCAUACAUACGUGUUUUUGGAAGAGAAGGGGAACGAAUUUUGUGUUUCGCGUUCGCAUAAAACUAUGCUCAGUUUCUCUUCCGAUUUGGUCACGUCAAGAUGGCUUCGUUUUCGACAAAGUGCGCGCUGCUGCCCGUGUGCGUCUCGCUGAUUAUCGCUUUGACUAGUGCCGCAGAUGAUCUUCCGAGUGACAUCAACAGAGGUAGCUUGGUGCGAGUGGCCAGAAAUCCACAGCAACCUCAAGGCUUUCCUAAUUUUCCACCGCCACAGUUUCCCUUUGGCAAUCCGGAAAUAGUCUCGCAAGAUACGCAGCGAGACAAAAAUGGUUUCGCUCAGACAACGAUCUACAAGUACCCGAACGGGAUGGGUUCGUCAUCCGUUUCGACAAGUUACUCGGGUUCGUCCAAGCUGAACGCCAUCACCUGGAGCAUGUUGGGUGCGAUCACCAUACUGCUGCUAAAACUGGUGUACUAAAAAGCUGUAACUAUGGAUUGGUUGAAUCAACAGGAAGUGUAGCUUUUAAGCUUGUGGUUUAACAGUUUUGGAAAUGUUUUAUUCCAGUGAGACGGUUUACUUACAGUGUUUGUGAUUUUUGAAUCAAUUUUAAAACAGAACUUGAUGUUCGAGGAAAUUUUUUAAGUUUUAUGAAUUGGUGUAACAUUGUAACAUUGUACUAAAGAGGCGACAUAGCCAUGAGGCAGACAAAGUCGGGAAAUAAAAUUCUUAUAAUUUUGAAUACUGAA